AUGACUGCGUCAUCUCUCGAAGCCCAUGCUACUCCGCCAUCCAAGCAGCAACACCAUCAUCGAUUCUAUUCAACGAAAACAUUUCGGCUCUUGUGCAUGCUCUCGUUAACAUUUGCCUAUUUCGUGGUUGAAAUCGUCAUUGGCAACGUAACAAAUUCUGUGGCACUUGUUGCCGACGCACUACAUAUGCUCUCCGAUGUUAUAUCGCUUCUUAUUGCAUUAAUCGCCGUUCGUAUUGCCAAACGUCGCUCAGAUAUAAAUACAUAUGGAUGGGUACGCGCUGAAAUCGUUGGCGCCAAUAUCAAUACAGUGUUUCUCCUUGCUCUAUGUCUCACAAUUGUGUUCGAUAUCAUCAAACGGUACAUUGAACCUGAACCUAUUAUUAAUGUCAAUCUUCUUCUCAUCGUCGGUUCGGUUGGGUUAGCUAUCAAUAUCGUUGGUCUCUUUCUCUUUCAAGGUUUUCAUGGCCAUUCGCAUGGAGGCGGAGGAGCUCACGGACAUACUCAUCAUGCGAGCAAUAGUACAUCAAAAGAAACAAGAAAAAAUAGGAGCGAUGAGAAGGAUACUGAGCCAGUAGUUGCAGAUCGACUUGGCAAACCGCAUAUAAUUAACAGCAAUGCGAUAAUUGCAAAUGAUGCCGAUACUGAACUGUUCGAAAAAGUGACAAGAUCGAGCGAAUUCAAGAGACACAGUAGGCAACCACUAUGCGAGACUGUUGACGAUUAUGCCACUAACACACACAAUCACUCACAUUCCCAUGUUUCUUCUGCUUCAAACGCAGCUGGUGCUGCCGGUAACAAUGCAGGCCGAAAGGAUCAUAAAGCGUCAUCGAUGAACAUGCACGGUGUAUUUCUACACGUACUAGCCGAUGCACUCGGUUCUGCCGUCGUAAUAAUCAGUGCUCUUCUCAUCAAAUUUGUUCCACAUAAUCCGAACGAUCAUAAACAUUGGACAAUCUACAUUGAUCCAACACUGUCCGUAAUCAUUGUCAUCGUCAUAACAAUUUCGACCGUACCUCUAUUUAAAGAAACAUUGUUUAUUCUACUUCAAACUGUACCUAAGCAUAUCGAAAUAGAUUCACUCAAAAAGGAACUACUCGAAGAAGUGCCUGAAGUGAAAGGUAUUCAUGAAUUACAUGUAUGGCGUCUCACUGGCGAGAAAAUCAUUGCUAGUGCUC